UCCAAGCGAUCGAGACGCGUGUGGCAAAAGCAAAUGAGUGAGCAGUGAUUUAAGUUCAAGGAUCGGUAUUAAAUACAAAACAUAGAUCGGUGAUCGUGUUCAGUGAUCAUAAGAAUAUUUUUUAAACAAAUAUGGAUAAACUCAAGUACAGCCGCUGUCCGCUUAAGAAGCGUCCGAUAAUGGUGGAGGAGUCCUGUCUAGAGGAUCACCUUAGUCAUGAUGAAGGACCUGUGGACUUAAGUGUGGCCUCAGCUGCUGUGCCGCUGGAACCCCAUUGGAUGGUGAAAACGGAACCGGAACCUCAAACCGUGCCCACGGAAUUGAGACGCCGCUUCGACGUCGCCAUGAGUCAAACCAAAGAGCAGUUGGCUCGUCGAAUUUGGGAGGAAACCCGUGAAAUUGCACGUGCUUUUCCGGAUGUUUUCACUCGUGAGGAAAUUGCUAAAAGUCUAGCCCGUCUUGGAUACGGAGAAUUCGAGUUGCCGCCUGAGGAGGAGGUAAUGGAACCGGAACCAGAGCCAGAACAGCAAAUUCCCAUGGGCUAUGCCAGAGAAGCUACCCCCACUAUCGUGAAGGUGGAACGUACUGAAGAAGAACACUUUCCCCUGCGAAACUACAAUAACAACCUACUCAAAAGCAUAGCCGAGUAUGAGGAUUGUAUUAAAGUCCAGGGAAUCAAAGAGGAAAUAGUUCCUGCUCCACCACCCCAGAUGUUCUAUCCGCCUCCCACCCCUCUGGCAGAGCCAGAAGACCUUUCCGUGACCCAAAGAAGAGUGCUAAGUGAGAAUAUGAAUCUGCAGAAUGUGGCCAGGGCGUUGCUAAGUAUGCAGCACAUGGCUCCGCACCACCCGCCACCUCCACAGGACAUGGAGGAAGAUCAGGAGAAUCAUGACAUCAACCAGCUGAAGAUCAAAAGCAGCAAUGAUCUGUACUAUCAGUGCCAGCAGUGCAACAAAUGCUAUGCCACCUACGCUGGGCUGGUGAAACAUCAGCAAACCCAUGCCUACGAAAGCACCGAGUACAAGAUCAUCAGGAGUCAGCCUGGAGGAUCGGGUCCUAUAGUGGAUCAAACUGAGUUCUGCACGGAUCAGGCUUCGGCUUUGAUUCAAGCAGCCAAUGCGGCAUCGGCUCAGAGCAUGCAGAAGCCAGUGGGAGUGCCAAGGUAUCACUGCCAGGAUUGCGGAAAGAGCUACUCCACCUAUUCGGGACUCUCCAAGCACCAGCAGUUCCAUUGUCCGUCGGCGGAGGGAAACCAAGUGAAGAAAGUGUUUAGCUGCAAGAACUGCGACAAGACCUAUGUCUCGUUGGGAGCCUUGAAGAUGCACAUUCGGACUCACACGCUGCCCUGCAAGUGCCCCAUUUGCGGCAAGGCCUUCUCGCGGCCAUGGCUUCUUCAGGGUCACAUUCGAACCCACACGGGAGAGAAACCCUUCAGCUGCCAGCAUUGCAACCGUGCCUUUGCCGACAGGUCAAAUCUCCGAGCCCAUAUGCAGACCCACUCGGAUGUGAAGAAGUACUCCUGCCCCACCUGCACAAAGUCCUUUUCGCGCAUGUCCCUGCUGGCCAAACAUCUGCAAAGUGGCUGUCAGAGUGAGCAGAAUGGAGGUCCCAGUGGGUCAGGAGGUGGCUUUGAUCAACAGCAGCUCCAACAGCACCUCCAGGGCUAUGAGGAGGGUCAUAAUCCCCAUCAAGUCUACUAUGCCGGCAGUGUGGGCAGCAGCAACGGUGAAGAAGAGGAGGUCGGGGACUACUCUAUGCCACCACCGGCUGUCUAUUAAUCCUAAAGUUAAUAAUCCAUAACCUAAGUCAGUUUAGCCAAAGUCAGAAGUUGAGAAGAAGAUUCAGGGAAAAGUCAGUGCCAAAAAUUAGUCAGGGCAAUUAUAUUGCCUCUUAGGGUCUCUAGUUUAUCAGAAAUAUUUAUAUAGAGUUGUCACUAAAUUAUUCCAAUACUCAUAUCGCAGUUUAGAACUUAGUCAUAGAUUGUUUUCGUUGACAAUUCCUUGUAUUAUAAAUCGUUGUUAAAACUCAUUCGUGUACAGAUCAAAACGGUGCCAGAGAAUAAACCCCAUCCAUGUAUACCCAAUAUACCAACUUAUAAUUUAAACAUUUAAUUUAUUUUAAAUUAACUUUAUGAUUUAAGCUCUGUAAAUAUGGUGAAGGUAGCCAUUUACUUGCAUGUAUUUAAUUUUAAUUUUUUUUAAUAAAUAAAAAACACAACAAAACGAA